AUGAAGUACUUGGUGUUUGUCUUCCUGGUGGCUGCCGCUUGUGCUUCUGAAGUGGAGAAGCGAGAGGCGGAGCCAAGCACAGGCUAUCCUUUUCCUCCUUAUGGUAGCCACCACAGCCCCCACUACCAUGCUGGUCGUUACCAUCCUCUUCACAAGAGGUCAGCUGAACCUGAGGCAGAGGCCAAACCUUCUAACCUUUACUAUCCUAACUAUUUCCACCAAACUACCGUUACAGCUACCCAUCAUACCAUCACUACAAGAGAUCUGCUAAAACCCAGUUCGGUCCCCAUCAAUUUCCACCACCACUCCUCCACCCCAUACCAGCACAUCUAUACUCCCUACGUGAACCACACCCAUAAGAGGUCAGCCGAGCCCUCUACCACCUACCACCACUACAACCACCACUAUACCCCCUACGUGCACCAUCCUCACAAGAGAUCAGCCGAACCCUCUACCAUCUACUACCCCUACUAUACCACCUACAGCCCCUACGUGCACCACCCCCAUAAGAGGUCUGCCGAAGCUAAGCCUACCUACCAUCCCGCCUACGACCCCUACCAUUACCAUGGAGUCACCUCCGGUCACGGCUUCCAUUACCGUUACUGA